GCAUCUGGAGCCUCGUCCUCCCGGCUGCACAGGGUCAUGACGUUACACUGAGAGUCUGAGCAGAGGCGCGGCUGCCUGGCUGACUGGUUGUUGGGUAUCCGCGCCUGUGGUGACUGGAAAUAAGAAAAGACGGGAAAGAGGGAAAGCUCGGACUGCAGUGGGUGCUGUUGGCUGGAGAGCCAGCUGACUGAACUUGUGAGGAGAGGGAGCUGUGUGUGCGCUCUCUUCCCGGCAGAGUGCGUCCCGCUCCACACACACACAUACACAAACACACACACACACACACACAGAUCGGGGUCACUCCGGCUGGUUUCACUGAACAUCGCACAUGAACAGUGUGGAGGGACACACCGCAGCAGAGCCGUCCUACCUGUGCGCUCUCGAAGGAGAAACUCCGGUGGCUCGCUCCGCGGGCUGCUCACCCAGCGCCGCUGUUGGAUUUACGGAGGAUAACGAGCAGCGCGGGCGCGUAACUCCCGAGGAAAACAAGAAAUCAUGGAUUUAUGGAUAAAGUUGAUGUUGGUGUGCAGCUGCUGCUUCGGAGCGAGCGCGGACUUUGACGGCAGGUGGCCGCGGCAGAUGGCCUCGUCCAAUGGCCUGUGUCGAUACGGGGCCAGGGUGGACUGCUGCUGGGGAUGGACGCGCCGCUCCUGGGGUCACUGCCAGCCUCUCUUCGCCCUAACUCACAGAGUAACCAGGAUAAGGUGCCAGCCCCAAGCUCUGUGUCAGCCCGGCUGCAAGCACGGCGACUGCGUGGGACCCAACAAAUGCAAGUGCCACCCCGGCUUCACCGGCAAGACCUGCAAUCAAGAAGAAGAGCCGGACUACUUAACCCCACCGGUGUGGGACAGUCACCUCCCUCUCUUUCUUCCCGUGGACCAUCGGCCAGCGAGGGGAGUGAUGGAGGACCUGAAUGAGUGUGGGCUGAAGCCGAGGCCCUGUAAACACAGGUGCAUGAACACAUAUGGGAGUUACAAGUGCUACUGCCUCAACGGAUACAUGCUGAUGCCUGACGGGACCUGUGGAAAUGCUCGCACUUGUGGCAUGGCCAACUGCCAGUAUGGCUGCGAGGUGCUGAAAGGAGAGGUCCGAUGUCAGUGUCCGUCGCCGGGGCUGCAGCUGGCUUCGGAUGGAAGAACCUGUGUUGAUGUGGAUGAAUGUACGGCAGGAAUUGCAGUGUGUCCCAGGUUCAGGAAAUGUAUUAACACCUUCGGGAGCUACAUCUGCAAGUGCCACGAAGGCUUUGACCUGCAAUACAUCAGCGGGAAAUACCAAUGCACAGAUGUGGACGAGUGCUCUUCAGGUCAGAGCCACUGCAGCAGCUACGCCACCUGCUACAACACGCCGGGCUCGUACAAGUGCAAAUGCAAAGACGGCUACAGGGGGAUGGGCCACGACUGCAAACCCAUUCCUAAGGUGGUUAUUGACCCGCCGAGACCCGGCAAACCGCCUCCAAAUCAUCACAACCGCAUCCCUGACAUGGAUCAGAGGAGGACCACCACCACCCUCCGCCCGCCGGUGACUCCGAGGAGAAUCUUCCCCGUAAUUCCCAAAUCGACAGCCGCCACCACCACGACGACUACAAGAGCGCCGACGACCAAAGCGCCCCUGCCUCCAAAGAGGGUCCCGCCUCCGACACGCAAGCCGGUGGUUCCCACUCCGAAGCCCUUUGUGCCGACCCGGAAGCCGCCAGUGCCCACCCGCAAGCCCUACAUCCCAACAAGACCAGUGCCCCCCACCAGACUCCCGCCACCGCCAGCUCCGGUCACACCAGUAGACAACACCAUCCAGAAGGAGGUCACCAAACAGAGAGGGGACGUCCACAUCCCUCGGAACCACGACCGCAACACCGUCCUCGGCGUCGACUUUGACAUUGAGCUCGGCAACACGGCGGAUGAAGCCAAGGACGACCCAGAGGCAGGCUACCUGGGCUGCUCCUUUGACGACGGUCUUUGUGGCUGGAUCAGGGACAAAGACGGGGACCUGCACUGGGAGACCACGCCUGAUCCUUCAGGUGGACGGUACCUGACCAUCCCCGAGGUAGGCAACAAGAGGACUGGGCGAGGGGCCCGGCUGGUCCUGCCGCUCAUCCCGCCCUGGAACGAUGGGAAUCUGUGCCUGUCAUUCCGGCACAAGCUGGCGGGCCACCACGUGGGCAUGCUGCAAGUGUUUGUGAAGAAGGGAAAGCAGUACAGUCCGGCCGUCUGGGGCCGAACAGGUGGAAACGGCUGGAGGCACACCCAAAUCACAUUAUGGGGCACAGGCCUGGAGAGUGUGAUCCUGAAGGGGGAGCGUGGGCGAGGCAGGAGCGGCGAGAUGGCCGUGGACGACAUCACCCUGAGGAAAGGCUCCUGCACGGAGGAGCACAAUCUGAGGAGACUCUGACUGACAGACCGGAGAAAGGCAGAAUGAAAAGGCGAGGGAAAAUCAUCUCAAGGAGAACUGACUCUGUUGUGAAAAACCCCCUAGUCUGCCUGAGCUCUCUCUGAUCAAACCCCCCCGCCCCUCCCGACCCCAAUAUUGUGCGUCUGCAGAACAGUGGGUUUCUCUAUUUCAACCGUCCGUGAAUAAAAAGACUGAAUCAAAUGUCAUGGGCGGAUCCCAGCAGCACCCCCCCCACAACGCCACCCCGGCUUUUCAGCCUUCCUCUCAAUCCAUCACCUUGUUACUCUGAAACCUGCAUGCACCCACUCACCAUGGAGAUGUCCUCCACCCUACACAGCCCUGGCAGCCCUCCAGCCACACCGCUGAGAGGCCCACAUUCAUUUCUUUCUGGAGAGAGGAAUCGUUCCCUCACUUGCGAGUCUGAUUUUACCUUGCUUUGAUCCUCUAACCACAAGCCAUUACUUUUUAUUUGCUUGAUGUUGAAACAUGUGGCCAGAGGUGCUUUUUGUGUGACUGUCUUGAUCAGCAAAAUAUCAGAGAUGGUAUGCAUUUCUUUGAGGGUUAGUGACUUAAGGAUAAGACAAAUCAUAUUUGUCAGUAAUUCUUUCUAAUCCAGAUCCAGACUCCAAUCUGACACAGACUCAAAGUGUAAAAAAAAACGAGUGAGUAGGUUCAGCCCUGCUUUUGUUGGUCCAAUCUGAGAUUUCUUCUACAGCACAGCUCUGACUGAAACAGCGCAGCUUCGUUUUUGUUGUCUCAGUAUUUUUAAAGAUCAGUUUGGUCGAGGGGGCUUUAAAAAUUCAGCACCUUGUCCGCCCCGAUCUUUUUAUUGAAGCCUCCAAAAGUUGUUUGAACACUUGUGUUUUUCAGAUACUUGAAACGCGACGAAAAGAAUCAGCGUACGAUUUUUUUUUUGCGACACUUGCAAAUCAACAGUUACUUUCUAUUACACAGUAUGUGCUUUGUUAUAUUAAGUGCAGUUUGUUAUAAAGACGAUACCGACAACUUUUUAGGCUUUCACAAAUUGUAUUAUUGUAAAUGUAGUUGUGUGUACAUACUCUAAAGAUCUACAGUCCCAUGUGUUGUGUGGUUUAUACGUUAUGUAAUUUCAUACAUGAAUAUUAAUUGGACGGAAACGGUUGGUAUUCCGACUUUUAACGACAUGACAUGUAUACAGGUGGAAACCUCGUGUAGUGCAAGGCUGUGUUUAAAGUGCACAAAAUAUGUAUGUUCAUGUGUUACGGUAUAUUAUGCUCUGUCUGUAACUUGCCAAGCACAUAGUUGCAUAUUGUAUGCUGUGAUAAUGAAGGGCAUCGGCUGGAGCUUAAAGGUUUUCUGUGUGCAUGGGUGCAUUCACCAAAUUCAGAUUUAUCCAGACCAGUAUGUAAAUAAAAUACAUUGACUGAUA